AUGUCAAGCGAACAUCAUGCCCGAGAACGACUCACAGCCAGAGCACAGAUGCACCGUGCUCUACGCUUUCUUCUUGAUGAGGAGCACACUUCCAAGCAAUAUUCGAGAUUUGCGACCUGUGACUUGAACACCCUGGACGACUGGUAUGCGAUGACUGCAUUGAAAACCAUGCUCUGUGCUCGACCAGCGAGACCACUCCUGCCUCUCGAUAUCAAAGAGGCCAUCGACACCGCCCUUGCUUACGAUCUCGCAAGUCGAGCUCAAGUCUCCGCACUCGACAUUAAUCCCAUUCUACCACGCCUCCUGACAGACAGAGACGUGUGGAAGGGCGAUAUCACCAACAUCCGGGACUGUACAGCCAUUGUCAAUGCGGCCAAUAGUCAGAUGCUAGGCUGUUUCAUCCCAGGACACAAAUGUAUCGAUAAUGCUAUCCACGCUUCAGCAGGACCUGGACUUCGUGAAGCUUGCUACGCUUUGAUGGAAGAGCAAGGAUGUCUGGAAGCUGAGGGACAAGCAAAAGUUACACCUGGAUACAACCUGAACUCGAAGUAUGUGAUACAUACCGUGGGUCCGCAGAUGUCUCGCGGUAGUGUUCCAAGAGUCGAGCAAGCGAGGAUGCUGGCAGAUUGUUAUCGAUCGUGCUUACAGGCAGCUGAAGAACUUCCUGUACCUGAAAGUGGACGGAAAGUACUUGUCUUUUGCAGUAUCUCUACAGGCAUCUUCGGCUUUCCUUCUGCCGAGGCUUGCUCUAUCGCCGUCCGUACGGUACUGGAAUGGUUCUCUCAUCAUUGCGACUCAACAAUCACGGACGUCGUAUUCGAUGUAUUCAGUGAGAGUGAUCUGGAUCUCUAUCGCCAUAGUUUGUCCGAGUUGUCAUAUGACGAUGGCAAGAGCCCUGGUGUUGUCUUUCCAGCGGGAGAACAACACAUCGUCAAGCUAUACGACUCGCCCAAUAUCCAAGCUGCCAGAACGAUCACUCGAGAAGCCGACUACCUCAUAAUAAGUGCAGGUGCCGGACUUUCAGCUUCCGCAGGACUCGACUAUACCAGCGCUGAUUUGUUCUCCAAACAUCUACCAGGCUUCAAGAAGUAUGGCUUCCGCUGUCUGUACGAUGUCUUUGGCUUCCAAUCUUGGCCUUCAGAGCAAGCAAGGUGGAGUUACUUCAUGAACCACCUGAUCAUAGUACGAGAUUGGCAACAGCAAGAGCUCUACUCCAACCUAUGGCGUACAAUCUCCACACGUUUCGCCGGAGACGCCGGAGACGACCGCUACUUUGUCCGCACCUCGAAUGCAGAUGGCCUUUUCGUUCGCCACGGACUUCCUGCAUCCAGAGUUUCCACUCCACAAGGCCAUUAUGCUCAACUCCAAUGCAUACGAAAGUGCAGGAAAAAUGCAGUCUUCGAUGCUGCACCAUACAUAGCAGCCGCUGAACCACAUCUCGACCCCAUCACCCAGCAUCUGCCCGCCGACUUUCCCGUCCCGGUCUGCCCGUACUGCAACAGCGAUCUCGUUCUUUGUGUACGGGGAGGAAGUUACUUCAAUGACCAUCCUUUCCGCCAAAAAGAACGCGAAUAUCGCGAAUUCUAUGAGCGAGCGCUGGAGUCAUCCGCGAACAAGGUUGUCAUCUUGGAGAUUGGGGUGGGGAUGAGUACGCCUUCUGUGCUUAGAUGGCAUAAUGAAGAUCUUGUGGAGGAGUCGGAGGGACAGAUCAAACUUGUUCGUGUUGGCCGAGAUGCUGCGGGUUUCUGUCCUUUUGAGUUGACGGAGAUGGGGGUGGGUGUUGGAGUACAAGGGGACAUUUCAGAUAUCCUUGCUGCGAUUAUGGGAUGAUCUCCCUAGCAAGACUAGUCCGAAAGAAUGUUGUCAUCAGGGAGUGAUGUGGGGG